AUUAGCAAACAAUCCAUGCCAUUUGCAUCUUCCAUUUUCAAUCAAAUGGGUAUCCCUCACUUUCUUGUUAUUCCAUACCCAAUUCCAGGUCAUAUAAAUCCCCUCAUGCAAUUAUGUCAUGUUUUAGCCAAACAUGGCUGCAAGAUCACUUUCCUUAACACAGAAUUCAGCCACAAAAGAACCAACAACAAUAAUGAACAAAGUCAAGAAACAAUAAACUUUGUCACACUCCCAGAUGGUUUGGAACCUGAAGAUGAUAGAAGUGAUCAAAAGAAAGUUCUCUUCUCAAUCAAAAGAAACAUGCCUCCUUUGCUUCCUAAGCUUAUAGAAGAAGUUAAUGCUUUGGAUGAUGAAAAUAAGAUUUGUUGUAUUAUUGUUACCUUCAAUAUGGGAUGGGCUUUGGAAGUUGGACACAACUUAGGAAUUAAAGGGGUUCUUCUUUGGACUGGCUCAGCAACUUCUUUGGCUUUUUGUUAUAGCAUCCCUAAACUAAUUGAUGAUGGAGUAAUUGAUUCAGCAGGAAUUUAUACCAAAGAUCAAGAAAUUCAGCUCUCUCCAAAUAUGCCAAAGAUGGACACAAAAAACGUUCCAUGGCGGACCUUUGACAAGAUCAUAUUUGAUCAUCUUGCACAACAGAUGCAAACCAUGAAGUUAGGACAUUGGUGGCUUUGCAACACAACUUAUGAUUUAGAGCAUGCAACAUUCUCCAUCUCACCAAAGUUCCUACCAAUUGGCCCAUUGAUGGAAAAUGAUAGCAACAAAAGUUCAUUCUGGCAAGAAGACAUGACUUCCUUAGAUUGGCUAGAUAAGCAACCAUCACAAUCGGUCGUAUAUGUUUCCUUCGGUAGUUUGGCAGUAAUGGACCAAAACCAAUUUAAUGAACUAGCCCUAGGACUUGAUCUUCUUGACAAGCCUUUUCUUUGGGUUGUUCGUCCUAGUAAUGACAACAAGGUAAACUAUGCAUACCCUGAUGAAUUCCUCGGAACUAAAGGAAAGAUCGUUAGUUGGGUACCGCAGAAGAAGAUAUUGAACCAUCCUGCUAUAGCUUGUUUCAUUAGUCAUUGUGGUUGGAAUUCUACUAUAGAAGGUGUAUAUUCUGGUAUACCUUUCUUAUGUUGGCCAUUUGCAACUGAUCAAUUUACGAACAAGUCAUAUAUUUGUGAUGUGUGGAAGGUUGGAUUUGAAUUAGACAAGGAUGAAAAUGGGAUAGUACUAAAGGAAGAGAUAAAGAAGAAGGUGGAACAAUUGCUUCAAGAUCAAGAUAUUAAAGAAAGAUCAUUGAAACUAAAGGAGUUAACAUUGGAGAACAUAGUAGAAGAUGGUAAAUCUUCAAAGAAUCUCCAAAACUUUAUCAAUUGGGCGAUGUAAUAAUGCUUUAGUACUUGUUUGGUGACUUUAGUACAUUUUAAGCACAUUUCAUUUUGAUUCUAGUUGUAACAAAAUCAUAAAAAAUAUUUGGAAAAUAAAUGAAUAAAGUGUGACAAUUUGAAAUCGUCAUAGAUGGAUGCUAACAGAUCGGGGAAUAUUGCAGUCGUGUGAA